UCAAGGACUUGACCAUGGACGCGUGCAGCAGCAGUCACAAGGUCGACAGCGAGAACGACAACACGGUGGCCUUGGAACACACUGUGCAUUUGAACGCGCUGCCCGAUGAGAUCCUGGAGUUCAUCUUCACCUUCCUGCCGCCUUACGGGGACUUGGAGCACUGCAGCCUGGUUUGCAAGCGCUGGCAAGGCAUUGUCAAGAAUCUCGUUCGUCGCUCCAAGCUGAAUCUGGAGAAGGGACUCACCGACUUCCGGCUGCGCUGGGAGGUGUUUUCACAGCAAACGUCCAAUGGUUUGGUGGGGACACCACCGCUCUCCUUUAUCGCCGGACGCUUUGCGCACUCGGCCGUGCGUCAGGAUAACUCCAUGUACGUGUUCGGCGGUGGCUCCUCCUCGGACACCACGUUCAACGAUCUCUGGCGAUUUGAUUUAACACACAUGCGCUGGGCUCGACCCGUGGCAACAGGCACCUAUCCAUCACCUAAGGGCAGUGCCUCAAUGGUGGCUUGGCGUGACCAGCUGGUGCUCUUCGGUGGCUGGCGCUAUCCCUCGCUGCAUCCGCCAUAUCAGCCGUGGUGCCUGUUCGACGAACUGCACUACUACGAUCUCGGCAAGAAUCGCUGGCUGCUGCGCAACACUUUAAGCUGUCCGCCGCCCAUGGCCGGGCACUCGGCCACCGUCCACGGCGAUCGCAUGGUCAUCUUCGGCGGUUACCAGAUCAAAGACGACGUCAACGUCAACUCAAAUGACACCUGGGUCCUAGAUCUGCCCGAGCAGCGCUGGUGGCAGCCACUAUUCAUGGGAAACACACGGCCCAGCCCGCGGUACGGCCAGAUCCAGGUGGAGCUGGAUCAGAAUCACCUUCUGGUUGUCGGCGGAUGUGGCGGAGCCAAUCGCGUUUACACCGACGCUUGGCUGCUGGACAUGACGCGGGAUGUGUGGUGUUGGAAGGCGCUGAAUGUGCGCAACAAGCGCUUCGGUGCCGUCCACAUGUGGUGCAAUCCCGGCUGCAAGGUCAACAACUAUCUGGUGGUUGUCGGGCCCUCGCCCAACAUGCCACAGGACUUCCAGUUGAUGAAGCAGAGUCGAGUGCCAGUCGUAGGUGGCCGGGGACCGCCGCCCCCGAAUCCCUUGCAGAAUUUGCCGCAACGCGGACACCGAAUACCGAUGCCGGAACGCCGCCUGGGCGGUGGCAUAGGCGGAGGGUUCAAUCGUGGCGGCAACGUGCGCCCGGGAGCUGCAGGCGGAGCGGCUGUCUUAGGUCCCCAGGAGCAGUAUUUGGCCAACAGGCGCGCCAUUCUUAACCAGCACAUGCAGCAGGCCCAGCAGUUCCUUCACAACAGCAAUGUCAACAACAAUAACAACAGCUACCAGCCACGCUCGGGAAGACUCAGCGAUCUGCACGCCCCGCCAGCUCCAGCUCCUGCCCCUGCUCCAGCACCAUCUGUUCCUGCGCCCCCAGUGCGUCCGAAUGGUCCCCCGCCAGCGGACGGUGAUGUGGACGCUGCCCAGCGCCUGCAACGAAAUCUGGCCCUUCGAUGUAGGGACAAUGAGCCCCGGCUUCCAAAACGCUUCGAUGAGCUGUAUGAGGAUCCCUUUCGCAUGGCCGCCUUCAAUGUGCCCACGCGCUCGAGGAGCGCUUCACGGGAUCACAACGAGCGUAUCCGGCGCAUGGAAGAGAAGAUGAACGCCAUACGGAAUUCGCGACGCAGUGCACCCGCCGCCGCUGCUGCCCAAGCGGAACCCCCGCAACAACAGCCGCUGCGUGCUCCCUCGCCCAAGCGGCUCCGCUGCAAUGUACAGUCCCUCUUCGUCUGCGACAUCUCAGCCAUAUUGGGGAGCAGCGACCCCGCCCUCGACUGGGUGGAGUACAAAAACUUUGGCGUGCUCAAGGGGGCACCGGAUCGCUUGAUACUCUCAAGCCUGAUUGCCGGCAACGGAGAGCUCAUCCUCUUCGGGGGCGUGCACAAGGAGACGCUGACGGACAUCACACACCAUGUGUCCAAUUCCAUACACUUUCUGAGUGUGCCACGUGAUAUUAUCUAAGUUAUUCCCCUCCUUCCCCCGCAAAUCCUUCAGAGAAAUGCGACCGCCGUUCAUUUAGAGAGUAAAUUGAGUGUCCUGAA